UACAACAACAACUACAACAACAACUACAACAACAACAACAAUCGUCGCCAUCUGUACCAGGUGAUCAGCCAGAGAGGAGAAGCCGUCGUGACGUUGAUGGCAUGACGUUCUUUCAUGAGCGCAUUGCUGGGUUCGAUCCCACCCCUGAGGCGCACGUGGACGAGUACCUGAACAAGUGCUUCCUGACCCAGCUCAUGCGGGGCGAUUGCCAAGGAGCCAGCAUGGAGGGCUUCCUCACCAUCCACUUUGACACGUUCCUCUUCUCCGUCUCACCGAGGGAGCGUGAGCGCUUGCAGCAGGCCACCGCCAACACCACGCACGUGUGGAUGACGGGGCUCAUCACCGGGCAGACGCUGCGUUGGGUGCUUGCAAACGGCGUGUGGGGUGGUGUGCAGGACCUCACCAUCCACGGCCUGGACAACACGGCCGUGUUCAGCAUGAGUUGGCUCAACGCCUUCACGCAGCUGGACGCGCUCGACCUGAGCAGGAACAACCUGGUGGACGUCAACACCACCAGGUUUGCGCAAGCGUCACAGCUCACCGCCCUGUACCUGGACGAAAACGCCCUCACCACCAUCCGGCCAUCCCUGCUCGCGUCCAUGACACGCCUCAUCACGCUUGGGCUCAGCUACAACAACAUCGAGUACAUUCCGCGCGAUGUCUUUGCGCCGCUCACGAGCUUGGAGGAGCUGCUGCUGGACACAAACCACAUCACGGCGAUGGAGCCUGGGGCGUUUGGCAACCUGACGCGCUUGAUCACCCUCGACAUCUCCGCCAACACCCUAACCACCGUGGACAGCGGGCUCUUCCGGCACCUGUCGAACCUGCUUCUCUUGUGGAUGGAAAUCAACCCCAUCCGCCACCUGCACCCAGACACGUUCAAGCACGUGCCGGACCUGGGCUUCCUGUCGCUCGCCGUGACAGGCCUUCGCGCCAUCCCACCGACGCUCUUCGCCGCCCUCUCGCGCCUCGACGCGCUCCGCCUGCACGCGUGCGAGCUGACCUCCAUCCCGCCCACCGCCUUCGACUCGCUCACCCGCAUGACGCUGCUAACCCUGGCUGGAAACCGCCUCACCACCCUGCACCCGGCCGUGCUUGCAAACACCCAAAACCUGUGGGACCUUCUCCUCGACGACAACGCCAUCAGUGCGUUGCAUGAGGAUACCCUCGCGAACUGCACCACACUCCGCCUCCUGCAUUUGGAGGGCAACAGCCUCAGCCACCUCCCGUCAACCAUCUUCCGCAACAGCCACCAGCUGACCAUGCUGUUCCUGACCCACAACAGCUUCACCUCGCUCGGCUUCCUUGGCGGCGGCGCAGCACCAACACAGCUGCGCGCGCUGCUGCUCAGCCACAACCGCCUCUCCGCCUUUGACAGCACCGUCAUGAACCUGCAGAACCUGCGUGAGCUUGACCUGAGCGACAACCCCAUCACCACGUGCCCCGACAUCUCAAACCUGCCCCAGCUGGCCACCCUGCGCGUUCGCCGCCACCGCAUUGCGCACAUCGACCUCACCAGCCUGCUGCGACAGCAGUUUGUGAAUGUGCUGGAGUUUGACGCCGGCCCAAACACGCCAUCGCGCGCCAGGGCCACGCUUGACACGGCGCAGCUCGAGCCCUGGCAGGGCCACCGCCUUCGCACGCUCUUGCUUGCAGGCAUCAACAGCGAAAGCGUCAUCACAGCACUCCUGCAACACCAGCGGCGCCUCUCUGCCAGCGGUGCUGCUGACGAUGAUGAUGAUGAUGAUGAUGAUGAUGAUGAUGGUGAUGACACGACACGCGAGCCCGAGCAGCGAGGGACGUCAGUGCAGCUGGAGACCCUCCAUCUUGGGUGGCCCGGGCUGGACUCAAGCGUGAUGACAGACGACGAGCUGUGCAGCCUGCUCCUGUUUGGCACGCGCGAGCUACAGCUGGUUGGCACCUCCCUCACCUCCAUCACCCUCUGUCCGCAGUUUCCACAAGCAACUGUGCUUCUGCAAGACAACCCGCAGCUCACAUCCGUCACCAUCCCAUCCAACCUGAGGCACUUGAACGUGUCCGACUGCCCCCAGCUCACCCACCUCGCUGUCCCCAGCGUGGACAUCCUCGACAUCAGCGGCACGCGCAUCCAGCCCACCAACACCAUCUGCCGGGCGUGGGGCAGCACCAUGCUGUUCGCACGCCGCCUGCACGUGCCCCUGUUCGAGACGCCAGCAACAGCGCACGCCAUGCUGCGCCAGUGCCUGCGUCACGUGCUGGUGCUGGACCUGUCGGAAACAGACUGGCUCGACCGGCCCUCGCUUCUCACGCCCGUCACGCGUGACAUCACCGUGCUCUCCUCGGAGACGUUUCUGUUUGCAGACCAGGUGACCGUGCCGCACUCUCGCGAGAGCCCGCCGCUGUUCCAGCUCGAAGGCGCGAGCAUCACGUGCAACCUUCGCCUCACCAACACCGUGCUGCGGCCCGACAUCAACCCAACCGUCUCCGCACAGGAACUCUCGUACUUCUUCGAGUGCACGUGUGCCCGCGGAUACAAGAAGACGGGUGGAGGGCGGUGUGUGCUUGACCGACCAAACAUCCCGGGCAUUGCUGCCGGCUCUGUGAUUGGCGGCCUUGCGCUGGGGCUGGCCAUGGUGUGGAUGUACCGCCGGUACCACAGGCUGUGGCUCAGCGAAGACUUGCACAAGCAGCUGCUGGUGGAGAGGGACGAAGAAGUGAUGGCGCUGAAGAAGGCGUGGGAGAUUGAGUACGGUGAGCUGAGGAUGAUCAAGCGUGUGGCUGCGGGUGCGUUUGGUGUGGUGUUCAAGGCACAAUGGGACACGGUAACGGUGGCAGUCAAAGUGCUGCAGCAAGGUGUGAUGAUGUUUGAUGAGAGCACGGUGGUUGAGUUUGAGAAGGAGGUGGAGUUCUUGCAACGGACACGGCACCCGCACGUGGUGCGCUUCUUUGGCGCGGGCACAGACCCCAACGGCAGCCCGUUCCUGGUGCUGGAGUUUGUGGCCAUGGGGUCACUCAAGGACCUGCUGGGAAAGGACAUGGAGAAAGCGUUGGUGGAGAUGAACCAGGAUGUUGAUGCAAGUGAUGACACCAGUGAUGGGGUGAACACAGUGUGGGAGUUGAAGCUGCGACUGCUGCGUGAUGUUGCGAGCGGGAUGGCCUUUAUCCACAGCCUCGACCAAGCGCACAGAGAUCUGAAGAGCGGGAAUGUGCUGGUGUCAUCGCGCCUGCGAGCCAAGAUUACGGAUUUUGGAUCCAUUCGCCAGUGCCUCGCGGGUGGCACCUCCAAGCGCGCGCAUACAUCAGCGGCCACGACAGCACUCACGCCACUGCCCGUUCAUGAUGACCUGGAGUACUCGCAGGCAGUGGGCACCGCGACGAUCAACCCGAGCAUGACGAUGACGGCGGGCGUGGGGACGCCGCUGUACAUGGCGCCGGAGGUGCUGUUGGGCGACAAGUACAACGCCAAGGCAGACGUGUUCAGCUUUGGCGUGCUGAUGUGGGAGGUGGCGACACAGCGUGUGCCAGACUUGAUUGAGCAGGAGAAAGGGGGCGACUUCCGUGGCCCGCUCAUGGCUGUGUUGCACGACCUCCUGGCACAGGGGAAGCGGCUCAACUUUCCAGAUGGGCUGUGCGACGGGUGGUUUGAGGAGCUGAGUCUGCGGUGCAUGGCGCAGGACCCAAGCGAGCGGCCCACGUUUGCCCGCCUCGAGCACACGGGCCUGCGUUCACGCAGCGUGCAGUCAUCCACCGCGUGAAGCCGCUGCAACAUCAUAGCUGAUUAGUGCACGGUGCUUUGUUGUCGAUGGCAUGUUUGCGCGCGGGUGUGUGUGUGUGUGUUUGUGUAGUGUAGUGUAGUGUGUAGUGCAGUGUGUCUGUGUGUGUGCGUGCGUGUGUGUGUGUGUGUGUGUGUG